AAACCUAUCAACUACGCUUCUGUCCUAUAUGAUCCGCACCCACUCCCCCCAUUCCCCGCAAGCUCAGUCACCCAGUCGCUCCAAAACCUGAUCGGAUUCGCAUCCAUGGCCAAGUUCGCCGUCCUCCUCCUCCUCGCCGUGGCGGCCUCCGCCACCGUGCUGGCGCACGGCCGCGAGCUCCCGACUCAAAUCAAGCUGGUGAGAGGCGCGGUCGCCGCCGCCGGCGGAGGCGUGUCCGGCGACAGCAUGGAGUGCGUGUACACGGUGUUCAUCCGGACGGGGUCGAUCUGGAAGGCCGGCACGGACUCGAACAUCACACUGGAGCUGGCGGCGGCGGACGGCAACGGCGUGGGGAUCACGGACCUGCCGUCCUGGGGCGGGCUGAUGGGGCAGGGCCACUCCUACUUCGAGCGCGGCAACCUGGACAUCUUCAGCGGCCGCGGACCCUGCAUGGCGAGGCCGCCGUGCUGGAUGCGGGUGGCCUCCGACGGCACGGGGCCCCACCACGGGUGGUACUGCAACUACGUCGAGGUCACCGUCACGGGCCCGCACAAGGGGUGCGCGCAGGAGCUCUUCACCGUCGAGCAGUGGCUAGCCACCGACGCGCCACCGUACAAGCUCGAGGCCGUCGUCGACCAUUGCGCCCGCGCCGGCGCUGGCGCCGCCGCCGCGUGACGUGGCCUGGGGGUGACGAGUCGGAGCUGCUGCAGUUCGUGCAGCGAGUCGAAUAAUCGAGAGCCUUUGUCGCGUGGGAUGAUGCAUGCGUAGUGAGUAGGUUUGGUGGUUUUGUAGAUGCCCUGUGUUGGAUCUUGAUCUGUGUUUUGAUCUUUUGAGAAAUGGUGAUCUGCGUUAUCAUGAGUGUUGUUUCUUCUAGCUUGCCGGCGCUUCAGAUAGCGUCUAUAUCCAGUCUGCUCGGGUACUGUAGCAAGGCUUUGCCGGCUUCUGUAGCUGAAGCCAGCACAACCGAGCAUCAUGGACAGCACCAUCCUUGAUUGUCAUUCUAA